AACUUCAGGUGCAAAACCAAAGAUUUCACAGCUCUUGUGUAUUGUUAUACCAUAAGAGUUAAUUUAUUUUCAACAAAACCAUUUGUGACUACAAAUGUCCCGUCAAGUUGUUCUUGCAGUUGUUUGAAAAUAAUUUCGACGAGGACAUGAAACGCGUGACAGACAUUGCUCUCGUUCUGAUCUUCGCCUGUAUCGUGCAGCAGUUCGUACAGGUCAACAGCCUGAGAGACAGAGGUAGGAGAGCGCAGGCAGAUGGGAAGGGGAAAAGAAGAGGUCAACGGAAUGAAAGUGGCCUGAAAGGGAGAUUCUCACUGAAAGACGGAGCGCGGUGCUCGUGGCGCGCAGCGCGCGGAGGUGAUGCCUUUGUAUUGGGAGUCACGUGCAAAAACGGGGAAAAUACUUUCAGCUGCGAAUAUGUAGCGAAGCCCACAGCAUGUGAACAGUACGCAUCCAAUACCAAAGCCUACUGGAAGCAGAUGUCCCGUUCGCUAAAAAAGCAGAAGAAACUCUGUCGUGACUCCACAGCGAUGGUGAAAGCCGGUAUGUGCAGGAGCGCGCCUGCGGACGCGCACUUCAGACUGAAGGACACGCGCCCCUCCUCCAGAGUCCCGUUACCGCCAACUGCGGGGAAUAAUCACUGUCCUGACCGGAUCGAGAGGCUGAGAGUGGCCGAAGAACACUGCAGCAGAGCCUGGUCUUCAUUGUGUGCAUUCCUCUUCUUGAUGCUUGAAAAUGAUGAAUGCUCAUGACUGACUUUGGAAAAACUUUUAAGGCAAAAAAAAAACUAAAAAAAACUAAUGUAUUUACAGUGUAUUUAGAUUUUGGUUUGAAUGAAGAAGAAAAUUCGGGGGUUCUUCUGAAACUGUCCUCACAAGAUAUAAAAUAUAAAACCUGAAAUCCGCCAAUGUGUACAGUCAAUGGGUCCAAAAAAAAUAAAUAAAAAAAAUAAGUGUAAACAUUAAAAUAUUAAAAUUCCCGACCAUCACAACAAAAACCCGUGUUAAGCAUGUUUUGUGUCAGACUUAAAGUUGAUGUAUAAUAGAGGAAGAAUAUAUGAAAAUGGUUAUUGGUGUUUGUAAUCUUACUGAGUGAUCUCUUGAUUAAAGUGCCUUAAUGUUUUCCUUUUAUUUUCUCUAUUAUCUCUUUUCUUACCUGUAUAGGAAUUUUCAUGAAAUUUUGGAAAGCUUUAUCUCAGGAUUGGCUGUUUGUUCUUGCAUGUACUGUCAAGUAGAAACACUGAAUGUCUUUAGUGGUUUAACAGAUUAAUCACUCCAACAGGGAUCUUUGCAUUCCAUCUGAGGCCAUGUGCUUCUUUACUAAUCAUUACAAUUAUUCUUGGAAACCGUUAUUCUGCCAGUUCUGAUGGGUGAUCAAAUGCUGAGGCCACAAUACACCACAAUUCUUAAGCCAAUGAUUAUUUGUCAUAAUUACUGGUAUUGCAAAUUGGAAAUGUUUCAUUUUGUUGUUGUAUUACAGUUCGUUUUUACAGUUUCUUAUGAAAAAAAAAACAUCUGAA